GUGCACAGGGGUAUAACCAUUCAGUGUUGUAGAAAGCGCAGCGAGGCUUGCACGUAGCUUCUCGCCCCGGUCUCCCCUUUAAAGUUUCACGAGUUUUGGAUUUUGACUUUGGUGGAGUGAGUGUUCAAGUUUUGUUGUGGUUUUGAAAAUGUCGAGCACAACGCGACUGGCGACGGCAGCGCUGCUCCUAGCCCUCGUGUCGGCGUGCGCGGCGCUGAAGUGCUGGCAAUGCGGGCAAUACAGCGACGGCGUCGGCAGUAUCACGCCGUGCGCAAACCGCAGCGCGACGCGCUUAGACAACUGCCCGAACACCGCCAAAUUCUGUAUCAAAUAUGUGAGCGAGCUGACAGUGGUCCGGGACUGCGUUCCUACUUGCAGUGAAAAAGAAUGGUGGGGCGCCCGCACGUUCUGCUGCGACACCGACGAGUGUAACUCUGCGCCCGCGCAUACGUCUCUACUAGCCGCCGUGUGCGCAGGAGUGGCCGUGCUGUACGCCGCGCGCUGACCGAACAGCUAAGCCUUUCUGAUGCCGCGGCUCAGGCUCAAGCUUUGCAGUACUCAGAUUUUAAAAUG